GUUGAGUAACUGUCUCAUUGUGAGCAAAGGAGUAAAACCACAGAACUACCUGCUUUUACAAUGAGGCUUGUCAAACCUCUGAAGGAGAAUAUAGGAGGCUGACCACACAGGGGGAUCAUAGCCUCAGUGACCCAGGACGUGUCUUACAGCCCUAGGAGAAGGCCAAGAGCUGAGGCCAUGGACUAAUACUCACCUCACAAAAAACUCUGCUGGUUGACAAUAUCUUGCAGCUACAGAAUUGUUUGUUAUUCUCCUCCCAUUGAUGCCAAAGGUGUGCUCAUCUCUACUUCAGCUCAAGAGGGCCCACGUUCCUGGACACAGAAUAUAGAAGUUUCAGCCAAUGGAAAUGAAAUGCCUCUUUCUAGGAUGGCUGUGUGAGGAUGGAUAACUCUGUAUUAUAGCACAGAAAUACUUGUUUCAGUUUACACUUCUUGAUUCAUAAUCCCUCAGCAAAGAAGCCACACCAGGGUGGGUGCCUCUUGAGUUCCUGUCAUCAGUUAUUUAUAGACAUUGACAAGAUCCCCCUGUGCCUUUCCUUUUCCAGGCUAAAUAGUCCCAGCUCCCUCAGCCUCUCCUGGCAUGACAGAUAUUACAGCCCCUUAAUCAUCUUUGAGGUCCUUUCUGGACUCACUCACUCCAGUAUGUCUAUGUCUCUCUCAUACUGGGCAGCUUGGGAACUGGACACUGUGUUUCAGACAUAUCCAGAACCAGGAAAUCUUAUAAUUAACUCUGAUAUCAAAUGAAAAAUGUUCCAAAGACUCUAGAAAGAAGACAACGCUGGGAAUGCUGCCAGAUGUGUCUACCUGUAAGAGACAAGAGAGUGGAAAUCUGAGAGUCAAACAGAAGGAAUAAGGUGGAAUAAGUCCGGUCCUGCUGAGUGAAUAGGUCACCUGAGCUGAGGAACCCAAGUAACAAGCCACAGGGCUGUGAGAGUCUCUAGAACCAGUCUGGCCAUCAGGCAUGAGGUACCAAGCCCUGCUGCAAGGGACAUGCAGCAUGUCCACUACAUAUUACUUCUGGGUCUGGUACAACCCAGGUGCCUCUGCACCACGUUACACUGGUAAGGUCAUCAAAGCCAUAAGCUACAUGGGCAUCAUCUCCCUGACAAAGAUGGAGAUAUGUACUCUGCAGAAAGUUAGCCUUCAGUAGUCCUUCCCUGUCCAAACACAGUGAAAUGUCUCUAAGGGCUGGUGAACUUUGUUGCCUAGUCCCAUGAAAGAGGCAGGCCAGAGGUCUAGCGCUGGUGCGGUACCUUCCCAGACAGGUUUGCUGUGCAGCUAACCAGCAACCGGGACAGUGCUGAUGUCUUGCCAAAUGUGGCAAGCUGUUUCACACCUUCCUCCUUCCCUGAAUUGCCGCUUAGCCAAUAGCUAUCACAAUUAAUGCUUAUUCAUGUCCGAAUACCCUCACUGAUCCAGCAGGUUGCUGUUUUCCACUGACAAGCAGCAAGUCUAACUGUGAACUGUUCCGGCAGGGCUAGAAUGAUGUACUUAACCAUGGUAUUUCAAAAUGAUCAUGGAAAGUUCUGUUGGCUGCUCUUAGAACAUUAGAACUGCUUGAAGGAUGUCAUAGUUUGGCCGUUCAGCUGGACAGUAUUUUCCGUACUCUCAGUUGUCUGACUGACUGGUUCCUAUUCCUAUUCCAGCUACUGUGCCUCGCAAUCAGAUUUGCGGAGUUAUUUUCUUCUCGUAGGAAGCCCUGCUUGGUCAUGGUAUGAACUGAGCCUGAUCUGCAGAUAGCUAGGACUAAGUUAUUUUAAUUUUCCAUGUACACUGUUUGAGUAUGUCAAAAGGUCAUCAACAAUUCAUAGGAAGGCUUACAGAGGAAUAGAGGAAUUUAAAGUCAUAAAGUCAACAAGGAAAUGUUCAUGCUUCAUAAGCAAGGAUGGAAAAUGUGACUUGAUGUAGAAGAGAGUGUGAACCAGACUCUUUCUAUGGAAUAUCAUUUAGGGAAAACCUUUGACAAGGCUGUAGACACAGUUCAGCUCCUCUGUGCUUAAACCAGUGGGAAUGUUGUGCUGGAGUGGUCCAGAAAGAAAUUUUGGAACUUGUCAAAGAUGGAUAUAGCAGAGUCCAAACACAGCUCUGAGUACACAGUUUGAUGGUCUUGCAUGUCUCCUCUGAAGGCCUUUGAACUCAUUCAUUGCACAGAAAUUGAAGCAGUGUAGAGAAACAGGAAGAGGUCAAUAAACUACCUACCUCGUGCCCCAUCACCACAAACACACAAAGGGGCAGAGACAAGGACUCUUUUCCAUGUCAGCAAUUUUAUAGUUUCUUCUUAUAAACCUCCACUGAAGAGAACUUUGCAGCUGCCCUGAGAAGCCUAAUUCAGUGCUUCUAACCUUUACAGUUACACAUUUUACAUAUUCGCCAAUAUAUUUAUCUUUACUUCAGAUUGUCCAAUUUCACAGCAUCCUUCAUCUAGCUGUCGUGAACAUUUAUGUCGGUCCUUUACCAAGUGACAGACCGUUAUCGUGUCCUUACCCGAGUCUUGUCCUAUCUAAACCAAACAACCUCCAAUCUCUCGACAAGGUCGUGGUUUGCUCAUGUCUUUGCAUUCAUGUGGCUCUCCUUUGGAUGCUCUCCAACACAUCAACAUCCAGACACACCUCUCCAGCCAAGGCAUUAACAGCAUCAAGUAGAGUACUUUUGUUACCUUCCAGGUCUUAAAUUAAAAAAAUACUUGUUAAUAAACUUCAGAAUGAGAUUAGCCUUAUUUUCAAUAACAUCAGCUGAGAGGAGUUAGGUAGCAAUUUGCUAGGACUCCCUCCGGAUUAUUUUCUGCAAGACUAGAGCAGGCAAAACAAUAUAAAAUCAUGUGAGAGAGAUAAUAAAUGAAGCACCAGAAAUUGACAUAUUCACCUCAAAACCUUUAGUCUCAAAGUAAUCUAACUGUUAAUUCCAAUAUUCUCAGGAUACACUCUGUCCUCCCAUUUCUGAAACAUAUCUCUCUGAGAGGCUGACUAUGCAAAAUUCAGACUCAAUAAGAACAGCAAAUGGUGUAAGAACCUGCAGUGUUGCAUGCAGCUUCUGAGAGGGUUUACUAUCUUUUUCUGAGUUUGGGAUACAAGUGACAAUGGGAUUUGAUUACACAAGUUGCCCAGGUUAGAUUCUAGGGAUGAGACUGAAGUGUUAAAAGCCAGGACUGGAAUAAAGAUGGGUGAAUCAAGAGGGCUGUAUCUUGUUAAACUUCGUUUCUAAGUUGUUUCCACAUUUGCUUUGAACAGAAUCUCUGAGGUUGCACCUGUGUGGGAAGAUUACCCUGGUCUAUUUUGUUCACACAAGGUGAAAUAUGUUCUCGUGUUUUUGUAGUGGCACAUUUCCAGUGAAUUACAGGGUCAGUGCAGCUCUGCCUUGUUUUGGAUGAGUGCUGCUUGUUCAGAGCAGGCGUCCUCUAAAACACUUUUUUCUUGCUUUCUUGAGCCUGUGAUUGCUCUCUAAGUGCAGUCUCAGAUGCUGAAACUUAAAGUGUUCUGGGGUUGAAGCUUUAAAAGUUUAAAAUCCAGGAAGUUCACAGUUUCUGGUGACAUGACAGUAAAUGAUGAAUGCACACAGGAAAAAACAGCAGGAUGAUCAGGACAUUUCCCUGUGCUCACAUACUAAGUUGAUUACAUACCUAAUGCUCUGACACUGUGUAAUUUUCAGAUUCUUCUGCAAAGCAAACCAAGAUUUCUCAUCUGACAAUCCAGCGUCUGGAGCAGAAACCAUCUUUUAAGGAAUCUUUUCACCUUGCUGGCAUUCUUUCCCAUUCUGCCUGCAGAGAGAAAGGUGGUUGCAUUUAGUGCUGUAGAUGUAGCCUCGUUUUUCUUCUUGUUCAGGUUCCUGAACCAAACUGAUGUCACUGCAACAGUGGGAACAAACUCUAGGGACAAUGAGGGCAUCAAUCACGCCAAUUUCAUCACCUCAAAACUGCUGAAGAAAGGCAGGCUGAGGGCUGAUUCACCACAUUGUGGGGAGGAGCAGGUGACCAGGUUUGCAGAAAAAGGAGCAGGAAUAGGCUGUAUUGCUGCCAAGGACAAUGCAACCUCCAGUUGGCUCACUGGAGAGAAGUUUAAAAUUACAUAUUGUGAUGUCCUCAGUAUCAUUAGUAAUUGCCGGCACCUGCAAAGGCUGCAAGGCAAACUUUUCUAAACAUGUGUUUUGCUUUCUAUGAAUCACACCUGGCAGGAAGCAAAAUGCUGUGACAUGUCUUAGAGCUUUUAGAAAUGGAGCAACCAACACACCACAGACAGCUGAUAGAGGAUUCAAGACCUGGCCCAAGCUCACUGUGGCGCAAAAACGACCACUACUACUCUAGUCAGUUAACACCGAAGGUAACCCAAACUAUGCCCAAUGCUGCUGUGACAGCUGUCACUUCUGCUGCCCUGAGACAGCCCAUGUCAGCUGGCAACAUGACCCUAUUGCAACUGCUAGACCAGCCCCAGUAUCACAAACCCUUAGUUUGGGAAGUAGUGUCAAAGUGGGAAAGACAUGUCACUUUAUCAGGCACCUUAUUGACUUUUUAACUUCUGUUUUCCUUCUGCUGUGUGACAAUGAGUGGCAUUUACAGCUUGACUCAGUUGUCUACCUUGGAGACAUGUGCCCUUUUGGCAAGCCUUGGUGUGUCCCACGUGGCCUUCAGCUGCUGCACGGUGGUUCUGGAGAUCCUGGGGUACAUCCCGUGAGCCUAUUGCCCCCCAUGGACUUGUUAUGAGAAGGCAGAAUCCCCAUAGGGACCACUUCCAGUCUGCAGGGGGACAGGAACUCUUUCCAUAGACCUAUUGCCUGAAUAAAUCACUGUUUAAAAAAUAAUCCCCCAUAAUAUGAGUUUAAUCCCAGGCUUUUCCACAGACGCUGCAUGAGUCUCACACGCAUUGAUAUGGAAACAAAUUCCGUUCAUAAACCGUCUGCAAUCAAAAACUGUACGGACAAACGCCCCAUUGUUCUCUGGAGAGAUGUCCCAUGUUUGUGCACUGGGUUCCUGGCUCCAGAAUUUGUUCAAGGUCAAAAUAGACAUAACACAUCAGAGUUUCCUCCAGUUUCUGGGGAUUUCUUGCUCUUCCAUCAGAGUCAUUGGUCUGCAUCUUUGUGCAGCUUCUCUGAGGGCACCAAUGCCAGAUCCAGCCCACAGCGAGUACGUUGCCAGCUCAGGUAGGAAAACUUUAGGGUUUUCCUCCCUUGGCAUUUUAAUGAAAGCCCACAAACAUUUUACCAUAGCUACAAAACAUGAUUUCACUGUUUUCAGUCCUCAACACCCUCCUUUGUUAGAACAAAGCAGGUGAGUAACAGCAGUGGAACAAGUUAGUCCACUUGAUAAGCUAAUCUGCAGAUAAGACACUGAAGGACUUAGAUCAGUGCAGGGAGAAAUAAUGAGUACUACCUGAUGAAUAGUAUCAGGAAAUAUUUCCUCUUAAAAUGCCUUGUGGGUUUUCUGCAGCGGCAUCUCUGAUCAGCCUUGCACUUGAAAAUUACGUGCAGGUUCUAGUGGUGACUUGUUUUCUGGGCAGUAAUAACAUGUUCAGCUAAUUAUACAAGUUCCUGUGUCUUGAUUUCCCUCUGAGAGAGCAGCCUGGGCUGCAGUAUGAAGCAGAGGGUGUUUAAGAUGGAUCUAAUCAGAAGAUCUUCUAUUCGAAUCACCUGAGAAGGUCAGUGUCCAGGUGAAGCCUCACACAGAUGAAUCUCUCUCUAGGAACCACCUUUGGUGAGAAACCCUGACAAAUCCUUGCUGGAUACCCACAUAAGUGACAUCAAGUAUAUCACUUGGCUAUAAACUUGCUGCUGUCCUCAGUCCUUUCACACGGCUGUACAGCAAAGUCAUCAGACAAAAUGCCAUCCCUGAUUACUGCAGGUCUCCACUGCCUAUUUCUGCUGGUCACAGCAUGUUGCCAGACAUCACAGGACUCAAGCUUCCGUCCAUUCAUCCACUAUAUAAUUGACAGUGCACUAGGAGAGGAAAUCUUCCAGCCAGAGAUGCACAGGCAGAAGAGAAACAUGCUUACUUUUGAUCUUCCCCCUCUGGAGUACACCGUUGACAUUGAAGUAAGCCUUACGGAUUCAUCUUUUCUGGAGCCGAUCAAAGAGUAUUUUAAAAACCUUAAUCUCCCAGUUUCAGCUAAUAUUUCAAAUGCAGAAAUGACAGUUUCAGACGUCAACGUUACAACAGUCUGUCUGCCCAGUGGUGAGAACAGUAGCUGUUGUUCAUGUGAAAAUGGAUAUGCCUGGCCAAGUGCGGUGUGCAGUGACUUGAUAACCUGCCCUUCCAUCAGCCAAGCACCCAACCUGCCCUGCGGCUAUGUGAAGGAAGCACCUUUCCUUGGACCUUACUGUGAGCCUCAGACUGAAGACUCAUGUGGCAUGGGAGAGCCCAUUGUAGUGAAUAUGUCAGUCAGACUUGACACAGACUUUUGGGAUGAUCUCAGGAAUUCUUCUUCUGAAUUAUACAAAAAAUACAAAGCUGACCUUGAAAAAGCGUUUAAUGCUAGCUACAGAUGUUUACCAGGCUUUGAAUCAGCAACAGUAACUGAUUUCAGGCCUGGAAGUGUUUUUGUGAACUACGAAGUAAAAGCAGGAGCAGCAAGCUUUGAUCAGAUAGCAUAUUCCAACAAAAUUGUACCACAAUUUUUAGAUCCAGCAUAUGGGCUAGACCAAGGUACCUUCACAACAGAAAUAACUAAUGAGACAAACUUUACUGUGAGUCCUGGUGACAUUUUUGAAGGGGAUACAGUAAGGCUGAUUUGUGAGAUAAAUUCAACAUCUCAGGAUGUGACCUGGUAUCACUUCGAUCAGAUCAUCUCAACCGGCUUCCCGUAUUUGAUGGAGAUAAAAGUUACAACGAGAACCUCAAUGUCGAUUCUCAAAAUCAUCAACAUUACAAUGAAGGAUUCUGGUUCCUAUAGGUGCACUUUCACAAACCGCAAUCAGCAUCUCACAGUGAUAUACAACACCAUGAAAACAAUAGCAGUGUCUCCGCUAUACAUCACUCCAAACUUAAAUGACAUUGACGUUACAUGCAACAGCCCUGAAAUGCAGACAAACAGUCCUCUGCUGUCCUGUUGUAUUGACAGACACUUACCAUCACUUACCGGUGACUGGAAAGUAAAUGGAGCAAUCAAUAUUACAGGAGUCUCCAGUUUCAGUGAAAACUGCACUGAAUACAGGCUCGACAUCAAUCAAUCACUAUGUCCACCUGAGAAGUCAGGUACAGUGACGACAUAUACGUGUGAGCUGCAGACGGGACAUGGUGCCAGGAGCACUCAAAACAUCAGAGUGACAUACCUGCGGACAGCCCAUGUAACAAUAUCUCCAAGCAUCAACUCCUCUGUUUCCAAGGGAUAUUCAUUCAAUGUAACGUGCGAAAGUGAUGUGAGCAAUUAUGACAGUAUAAGUUGGAAAAUCCAGUCUGGAAAUAACACCGAAACAGUUGGUUGUGACACAUGCAUCAAGAACAGCAAAUCUCCAGCCACAUCUGUGCUCACAGUGGAGACUGCCACACAGGACUGGAGCGGCACCUACAUCUGCACUUUCUCCCAGAAGUACCUGGAAAGUUCGGCCAAUGUGACAAUUGAUGUUAUUUCCUUGCCUCUGAAGCAGAACAUCCUGAUAGACCCCAUUGCAACAUCUAUACAGUGCAAGGUGCAACAAGCCCUUGAGUGCUGCAUAAGCACUAACAGCGUGGACGAUUACACUGUGACGUUCGUGGUUCAACAAAAUGAAUUUCAAGUUGUGAGGAAGAAAAAGGGAAACUUGUUUUGCUACAUGUACAACUACACAGAAACAGAAUGCAGCAAAGAGAAAGAGCUCACGGCAUAUUGCAGGUUUAUUAACCGCAUUGGGCAGCAAGUCAGCAGUGAAAGUAUAAGACUGCACCUGAUACCUGAUAUGGAAGUUUCCUGCUCAGAUAGCUUUGGCAUUGGAAUAGAAGGAGCCACAUUAAUAAAGCCAUGCCAUGACUUAAAUAAUCCAGAUGGUUUUACCAGAGGCAAUAAAAUUUACAAGUGCUCCAACAAAUCAUGGAAGAUCGAAAGGAACAACUGCCUGUCUGCACCAAUAAACAACCUGCUGACUGGUGCCGAGGCCUUGGUCAACAGUCCUGAUGCAAAAGCAAACCUACCUACAUACCUUGCAGAGCUUAAGGAAAAGACAAAGGAGGAGCAGAACACAAUAAGUAGUUCUCCUGCAAACCUUGGUGCAAUUGUUACCAUCCUGAACAUGGUCUCCUCUAUCCCAGCAGAGGCAGAGGAGUUCACUAUUCAUAAUUUCCUCUCCACAGUGGACUUUAUUGUUUCCGAUUCCACAACUGAAGCUUGGGAAGACCUGAAUAAAGAGGAGACACUCAAAAGUUCCUUGUUACUGCUUUCAGUAGAAAACUUCUCCCUGCACCUCCGAGCAGUUAAUAAUACCAUUCCUUCUGUCUCCUCAAACAGCCUUCAGCUACAAGGUAUGGUUGUCACAGAAAACAGCAACACAGAUUAUAAUAAAAACUUCCGCAGUACAGAAAACCUCACAGCUAAUGUGCUCAUUGAUGAAACUGAAAUUCAGACUCUAACCCAAAAUUCAACCAUUGUCAGUGUGAUGUACUCACGACUUGGACAUAUUUUGCCCCGGAAUGAGCCUGACUACGUGAAUGGCUUAUUGCUAACAACAACUGUGAGCAGCAACAGAAGCCAGAAGUUUGAUAUUAAUAUGACCUUUGCAAAGAAAAACUCAUCUCUGAAGAUGCCCCAGUGUGUCUUUUGGAACUUCACGCUCAACAAAUAUAAAGGGGGCUGGGAUACUCAUGGCUGCACACCCACAGAGGUAGAAGAUUAUGUCAUUUGCUCCUGCAAUCACUUGACAUCAUUCUCCAUUCUGAUGUCACCUGAUAAAUCCUCCCAGGCGGUCUUCGAAGACUAUAUUACCUACAUUGGCCUGGGCAUUUCAAUCUUGAGUUUGGCGGUUUGCAUUAUAAUUGAAUCCUUAGUCUGGAAAUACGUGACAAACAACACAACCUCCUAUAUGCGCCAUGUCUGUAUACUCAACAUAGCUAUAUCACUCCUGAUAGCUGACGUUUGGUUCAUUGUCACCGCCUCCAUCAAUAACCAAAACCAACAGAUGAGCAGAGAUGUCUGUCUUGUGACCACCUUCUUCAUCCAUUUUUUCUACCUGUGUGUCUUCUUCUGGAUGCUCAGCCUGGGCCUCAUGCUUUUCUACAGACUGGUCUUUAUCUUACAUGACACGAGCAAGACCACUCAGAAAGCAGUCGCAUUCUGUCUGGGAUAUGGGUGUCCCUUUGUCAUUGCAGUUGUCACCAUCGCUGUCACACUGCCACGUAACAGUUACACCAGAAAGGAUGUCUGCUGGCUAAACUGGAAGGACAGCAAAGCUCUCUUGGCCUUCGUCAUACCUGCCCUGGUCAUUGUGGCCAUGAAUUUGUUCAUCACUGCAGUUGUUAUAAUAAAAAUACUGAGGCCAACUAUUGGGGAUCGGUCAAGCAGACAGGAGAGGAAGUCUUUGUUUCAAAUUGGCAAAAGUGUGGCCAUCUUGACACCACUACUAGGCCUCACCUGGGGAUUUGGCUUUGCCACCAUCAUCAAAAACAGCCAUCAAGUUUUCCACAUCCUCUUUGCUCUGCUCAAUGCUUUGCAGGGAUUAUUCAUUUUGGUGUUUGGGACUCUCUGGGACAAGAAGAUACAAGAAGCCCUGCUGAAGAGGAAUUCAAUAUCCAAAUGGAGUUCUCAGCAAACAAAGUCAUCUUCCCUGAUCCUGGUGACACCAAUGCUUGCUAUGAGCUAUCCAUUUUCAAGAACCUUUAACAACUUGUGUGGGAAAACAGGAAAAUACAGAGUAUCUUCUUCUGAGCCAUCCAGCUCUUCCUCUGAGAAUACUUCCAAGUCGUAUUCUUUGCUUAACUGAGGCAUUGCAAAUGCUAAAUCACAUAACUCUGAAAGGACCUCUGCUCUUUCCAAGACACACAGAAGAAGUACCUGUGAGUCACCAAGAAGUGGACUGCUUCAUUUUGACUAAACUGUGCCUUGGUGCAUUCUUCUGGAACAAUCAUUUCUGGUUGACACGUAAGGCAGGGAAGCUUUGAGAGGUGGAAUUUUACAGGGGCUGCCAAUCACAGAAGAGAAGACAAGAUGUUUCAAACUUGGAAGGAUUUGAAGGCCUUCAAGUGCCACAAAAGACAUUGGGAGUGAAGAAUUCCCAGCCUUCAAGAGGGUGCUUAGCACUAUGCAGUACUGAGCCAUGAAUUAAUUGCAGUGCUAUACACAGCUGUUGUCCAAUGGCUUUAGUAUUUCUCCUAUCAACUCUCUGAAUGACUCCAAAGGCCUGUGCAGAUACACAAGUACCUCAUAGCUCGUCUCCUGCACUCGUAUUAGAGUGUGGAAAGGCCAUAAGGUAUAGUGCUCUCCACUUUAAGACUUUCUGGAGCCAAAGAUUCACAACUGAGAAGGUUUAUUUCAGAUCUUCACUUUUGACUUAGAUAAAAUGCAGACUGUGAUGAUUCCUGCGUGGUCAUCUUCAAGAUGGAAUGUACUGAAAGCUCCAUGUGGCACUUUGUUGAAGAAAAGGAAGCUUUAUAUCGUUAACUAUAAUUUUUCUUCCCUUGAUAUAUAAUAUGGUAAGACAGAGAUGAUUGCUGCCCUGUACCACAGAGGGUACUGUGUUUAUUUAAUGUAUAGUAGUGUUAAGUAUGCAAGGAGUCUUGUGUAAAGACUCUACGUUUGGGUCUUCUCUCAGAGGAGAAUCACACUUGGAGGGCUCAGAGAGUCAAUUCUGCAGUGAAUAUAGACCAUCAUGUGCCAGGCAGGAUGAAAGGUUUUAUAUAAAUUAUUGCUGUAAUGCUACAUUUGUGGAAUCACUUAUUUCCCCGCCUGUAUACCUUUAAACACAGGACUCCUGUCUUAAGCAGAGGGCUAUGAGAGAGCCUGCAAACUAUUAAUAGCGCACAAAAUGUUACAAAAAUUAAUGUAAAAUAUGAUAGAUGGAAUCAUGAAGAUUUAGAGUUGAGGCCAAUAUUAAAUACCACUGUCGGGAUAUACAGCCUCAUUUGGUUGUUGGGGAAUCAGGCCCAUGUUUACCAGUGGUGAAUCUGUUCUCUGGACUUUGGGAUAACCAAGAUGGGAAACUGUUGCUUAUGGUUACAGGCAUGUGUGACAGCUUGGUAUGGGCAAGUAGUGAUGACUGAAGACAAUAAACAAGCAUCAAUCAAAUAUA